AUGAAAUGCACUCUCGAUGAGUGUGCCCUGAUAAAAUGUGGAGAUGGCGACCUGACUGUGAAGGGGUACGAACAGGCCCAGACACUGGGACAACACAUCAACGAUGCCUAUUUCAGUCAAAUUGGCAAAAAGGGUGGAGCAGUGGUUGGCGUACACACUGGGCUGAAUCGGACACAGGCGAUGCUCCAGGGCGUCCUGAGCCAGCUGCCUACGUCAAACAAGAGCACCAUUCUCGAUUUCCAGCUGAUCAAUCCAACAAGCUGUUUUGAUCAGAAAAUGGUGAAGAAGCAGGAAGACGUCUACAAGUUCGAUAGAAUCAUGACGUCACUGUGCAAUGACGUACCAUACGACUGCAAGGACGACAGCUGCGACUACUCAUCGGUGGCCCAGUUCAUUGGAAACGAGGCCAUGCUCUUUGAGGACAAAAUGGCCGAAAUGAAGGAGAAUCGCGGUCUGACUGGAACAGUCUUCUCCUACUACGCCCAGCAGCUCCUCGAGUAUCUCGAUGGAGAAAGCAGCCUCGUCCUUGUCUCAGCCCACGACUCCACCCUGAACAUGCUGAUGAGUGGACUGGACGUGGCUGUGAGCUCAUUUCCGUCCUACGCUGCUGCCCUAUUCGUAGAAGUCUACGAACACGGUGGAAAGGAGUACGUCCGAAUCAACUACGGUGGAAAACAGGUUGAAUUUGGCUUCUAUCGCGAGAAGCACGUUGCACUGGCUGAGUUCAGGAAGUUUCUUCGACUGUUUGGGUCGCAGUACGAGGAAGUGAAGCGAACCUGUUUCAUUGAGAAGGACUCCCAGAAGAGGAGUGACAAGUUGAGUGCAAUAUUUGAUCCACUUUCACGGGCCAUUGAGAAGCACAAGGCAAAGAAGAGGAAGAGCAGUCUCCUUGGAUCAAUCAGCUCCAGGCUGUUUACGCAGGGCAGUGAUAGGAGAUCACACCUGUUCAACUGGAUCAGAAACAAAAUAUCAAGUGCAAAGUGUGGGACUGAAUUGCCAAUAAAGCCAACUGAGAAGCCAAGGCCACAAGAAAGUUUUUCAACUGAAGAAGGUAAUUGUGGUAGUGGUUGUAAUGGUAAUAGUUGUGGUAGUUGUGGUAGUUGUAAUAGUAGUGGAUGUAAUAGUUGUAAUGAUAAGUGUAAUAGUGGAUGUGAUGAUAAGUGUAAUAAUGACAAGUGCAAUGAUAAGUGUAAUAGUUGUAAUGAUAAGUGUAAUGAUGGGUGUAAUAGUGGAUGUACUGAUAAGUGCAACGAUAACUGCCUCACCAAACCUAUGCCAUGUAAACAGUCUAAGAAGGUCACUUUCACCAAUGCUGAUAUUCUGAAUUGUGGUGCUGACUACAAACCUGAGCCAUGCACUAAGCCAGAGCCAUCAGUGCGACUCAGUGACGUCACUGGUCGAACAGACUGCAUCGCAUACGCUACCAAAAUCAGAGCAGCUGACUUGCUACGGUCUCAGUCUCAGACAACAGCCCCUUGUAAUGCACCAGUGCUGCCUAAACCACUUCCAUGCAACAAGUCAGUCAACGUGGAUGCAGCAAUGAGAGCCAUCUACGGACAGUGA